AUGAAUUACUAUUUUUUACUUGCGGCCGCAUUUUUGUUUGUUACUCGCGCUGAAUGGAUCGAUAUCGACUGGUCGCAGGUUAAACCGAUCGAAGAAUUCGACCAUUAUUGGGCACGUUUGCCGGCAGAGUGGCAAUUUCUGCGUCACCAUCAAACGCCAAAUCAGCGCAUUACCAAUGGUCGCGAAGCGACUCCGGGGCAGUUUCCGUAUCAGGUUGCCCUCCUCAGCCAGUUCGUUGAUUCCACGGCCUUGUGUGGAGGAUCAAUAUUGACCAACAACUACAUUUUGACAGCAGCUCAUUGUGUGGAGGAUGCUCUCGGUGGAACGGCCGUCGUUGGUGCGCACAACCGGAUGGCCGACGAGGAAAGUCAGCAGAGAAUCGGCUACGGAGCGGAUGGAGUUAUUUUACAUCCUGAGUACUCUGUAACAGACCUGAGGAACGAUGUCGCGCUGGUUCAUUUGAACAGCGCCAUCGAGUUCAACGAGCGUGUUCAACCUACUCGUUUGCCGGCUGCCGACGAUAAUCGUACAUUUUCCGGAAUGACUGGAACCGUAUCUGGAUUUGGACGUACCUCAGAUAGUGUCCAGACGCCCUCCACGGUGGUUAUGUUUACUAGCAAUCCGAUUAUAACGCAAGCGACUUGUUUGGGCAGUUGGGGCAGUGACAGUAGCCUCAUUCAGGAGCAAAAUAUUUGCCUGUCCGGUGCGGGUGGUCGGUCAACGUGCAGCGGAGAUUCCGGUAGCCCGCUAACGGUAACCAGUGGCGGUUCGAUUCUGCAAGUUGGCAUAGCCUCGUUUACUUCGGAAAUGGGCUGUGCGAUCGGAAUACCGUCGGUCUUUGCUCGGGUUUCGUUUUUCCGAGAGUGGAUUGUGGCUAAUUCGGACUAUUCAUAG